AUGGAGGCUUGCGCGAAUCACUCGUUCUAUACUGUCGAAGUGGACGAGUCAGAUCAAUCACCUAUCGAAGGUAUCGACGAUGAGAAGGAGGUCGACGUAUGGCUUCUCGAGCUCAUAAAGAGGAAAACCUCGCAGGCGUCAGCGACUGCAUACACAGAACAGUCGGAGCGCCGGGGGAAGGUCGAAGAGCUCGAAGAAUUCGUACCCUCUGACACCUUUUACGAAAGCGAUUCUAUCGCCAAGCAGAUUGCUAAAGUGAAGGAUAGGGUGGUAGCUGAACAAGCGCUUCAGUGGCGCAAGAGGUGGAUUAGUUCCCGAACACCGCAAUUACUCAGCCGGUUCUUCACACCUAGAGGGUUUACAAAGCUUGAAUUGCCACAGUGGACGCAGACGCCUCCGAGCCGAGAGCGACAUUCUAUCACUUGCGAAAGCAACGUGCAAGAGCUUGAGCGAAAGAGGACGGUUGCGAACAUAUACAAAAAUUUGCGCCUUCGCGAACCUGGAAAUAGCAUACGGCUUUUAGCACUCUUGCCCGGCGAGGGCCCAACAUUGGCAGCUACAAUCUAUUGUGAGGACCUGUCAUCCAGUCCUAACUAUGAAGCCUUGUCAUACGUAUGGGGAGAAAUGAAAGCCGGAUAUAUCAUCGAAGUCGAGGGCACAAAGAUUGAGAUCACACCAAAUCUAUAUCAUGCAUUUCAAGGUCUACGCUUGAAACAAAGCCCUCGCGUCUUAUGGAUUGAUUCCUUGUGUAUUAAUCAAAACGACAAUCAAGAAAAAGCAAGCCAAAUCGGCAUGAUGCUCGAAAUAUACAGGUCCGCCCAGACUACUGUUGUGUAUCUCGGCGAGCCAUACGUAGGAGCAUCAGCCCUUUUCUCCUUCCUAAACCGAGAUUAUCACGAAGAGGAGUCGUUUGAACAGAUCCUUCAAGAAGUAGGCUUCGAUGAGAGGGAACUACUCAAGGCCUACGUCCACUUCUGUUUCCUACCCUGGUGGAACCGGGUUUGGGUUCAGCAAGAGUACACUCUUUCACGUACCGAUCCGUUAUUCCAUCUUGGACGCAGCUCUACUCGUGCAUCCGCUCUGCUAAGGGACAUAAGACUGCUCCAGAAUAAGGUUGCGCUCCGUCUUAUCCCGUUUGCUUCGGAGUUUAUUCUUGAGAGCGACGUUCAAGAGUCAUGGCAGGCCGUUAUGAGGCAAAUACUCCAUGUCAACAGCGUUUUGACACUCCGUUUAGUUCAAGCUGAUGUAGAGUUUGCUUUCUGGAUACCAAGAAGCAUUCUGCGAAAAGUAAAUUUGAGAUGCACAAAUCCUCGAGACAAGAUAUAUGGGAUGCGUUCUUUCUUAGACCCAGUUUCGCAGCCCGGUUUCGCGCCCAAAUAUUCGGAGCCCAUCGAAGCAACUUUCCAGAAACUGGCUCUCUGGGUUUUAGUCCUCAAUGGUUGGCAGCAAGUCUUUUGGUGGUAUCCUUACAAACUCUCCGCAAAAACCCCUUCCUGGGUCCCGGAUUUCACAAAGCCAGUACCGGAGUCUGCGAUGUUGGAGUACAGCUUGCUUGAUUUUGGCAAGGUAAAGAAAAGCUCAUCUUGUCCACUCGCCAUUCGGGACGGCGUGUCGGCACUGGAGGGAUACCUGCUGGAUUCAGUAAAGCAUGAAUACGCCAUCAACCAGCGUGAUUGGCCUAACACUGUCCGGGAGCUCUGGUUCCUCGAGAACAUAUUUGCCGCCAUUCCAACUCCAGAAGUGCUCAGAAACUCGCCUCCGGUGUUCACAGCUCUGCCAACGUUGCAUACAAAACAGCUCAUACGGAAGUGGAGUUCUCCUAUCCCCAAAAGAGACAUGGAAAGCAUUUGUUUCGAAUUACCACCAUUCAAUACAUUCGAGAACGAUGACAUCAUAGACACAGUUUACGACCCACUUGUCAAUGAAAUAAUGGACGGCUAUAGAACUCACAUUGCCGCUUUCGAGAACUUAGGCGAGCAACGGCGAGGACAAUCACCUGUGUCUGAAAUAGAGACCAACAUGCAAAGGCUCAAGCACAUGAACAUCGCUCGCGCUUAUUUGGACAUAUAUUACCGACUCUCAACACUAAAACGCUUCUUGAUGAAAGCCAAUACCUCCUGCACAGAUCUAUUCGGCGCAGCGUUGUUCGACCACCCAAAUCUCUUAGAUCAGAUCCAAUAUUUGAGAAAACCGAGUCAACCUCGCCAAUUCAGUACAUCUCAACUAACCGUUGUCUGCACCAGGUUGCGCGGUCUUGCAACUCCCUUCAAUAGCGGAAGCUCUGAAGAGUGGAUUCCCAACAACGAGUCUGGCAUUGCUGCGAAAGUGCAACCUUGUUAUAAACUUCUGCAACAGCAGAUCACAGCAUGCGAACAUGAGGAGGAAGUUAUUCUAAGGGUGAGAUUCGUUUUGAACGUCGUCAAUGCUACCAGAUCCUUCCCGGACUCCACUAGAAACAAGUCUAGCAGAACCCAUGACUCCUACGUACACAAACGAGACAAAAGGGCCACGAAUUGGGAGACGUUUAUUUCCACAAUCGUGGAAAAUCGCAAUAGAUGGCUGGAGCUACAGAGGGGAGUAGUCGAGGAGGCGCAGAAGGCCUUUGAACAACUUUCCAAUCAUGUCCCAGCGGCCGACGAAAUCUCUGCCAUGAUUUCAGAUUUCAAGGCAGCAUCGGAACAAUCCCAGAUAACAUCGGACCAGCUCAAGGCAACGACGGAGUGGGCGGCUUCCAGCUGGGAGGAGGCCAAACCAAAGCUGCUGGAGAAUACCAUGUUCCUUCAUAACGAAAAAACAUUUGAUCGUGAGUCUUACGAGCACACCACAUGGCUCUCGGGCCGAACCUUUUUCGAUACUCACCACGGGCUCGUGGGUAUGGGUUGCCAGGGAAUCACAGACAUCCGAGUAGGAGACAAGGUGAUUGUCUUGAAGAAUACUGAGUUUCCCAUGAUCAUUCGAGAGACUGAGGAUAAACAGUAUCACAGGAUAGUGGGGUAUGCGCUUGUUCGUGGGUUCAAUUAUGAGAAUUUUGAGAAGUUGGAGAGGUAUCAGAAACCUCCGAGAGAGGUGUUCUACUUCCGCUGAUGUUAUAGUUGAAGUGGACGGUGAAGACUGAGAGGAAGGGAACUUGUGAUGCUCAGGAGAAGGUUCAUACUAGCUCCAUGCCACAUCAACACCAUGUUAUUGCUCCAGAUAAUCCAACCUUGUGACAGUUGUCACGAC